CCGCCCCCGCUGUGCCCCCUCCCACCUUGGCCCGGCGAGGCCCCGGAGAGCCUGCACAUCUGGCCCAGCUGGGGGAGGGGCUGCCCCCUCCGGACCUCAUCCUGCCCCUCGCCGCCGCCCCCGCCGCUGAGGAAUCGGGACGCUCGGACUGGGCCGAGGAUGCCCGCGCCCCGGGCUUGCUAAGGGGCUAGUCGGAGCCAAGCGGAGGAGGACCGGACGGGACGGGAGAGGAGAGCGGCGGCGGCGGCGUCCGGGACCUGUCGAUCCGGUGGGGGCCGAGCGUCCCUCCGUCCCCCUCCGCGUCCCGUCCCCCACCGCCGCAGCCCUUGGGGCCGGCGGGCAGGAUGGCGGCGGCUCCGUCCCCCCCGGCCCCGCCGUCCCCGCUGGACGUGGAGCUGGACCCGGACUUCGAGCCCCAGAGCCGGCCGCGCUCGUGUACGUGGCCGCUGCAGAGGCCCGAGCUGCAGGCCAGCCCGGCCAAGCCCUCCGGGGAGGCCGCCGCCGCCGCCGGCUCCAUGAUCCCCGAGGAGGAGGACGACGACGACGACGAGGCCGGCGGGCCCGGGGGCUGCGGGGGCUCCGGGGGCGCGGGCGGCGGCCUGGCGCUGCUCCCCGACGGGGCGGCCCGGCUGGCGGCCUCCGGGGCGCAGGACGGGCCCGGGCCGCCCCCGCCGCCCCCAACGGCCGGGCUGGGCCCGGGGCAGACGCCGGCGCCGCUCCAGCAGUUGCAGCAACAGCCGCCGCCGCCGCCGCAGCCGCCGGCGGGGACCGGGACCGGGACCGGGACGGGGGCGUCCGGGCAGCCGAGGAAGUGCUCGUCCCGCAGGAACGCCUGGGGGAACCUGUCCUACGCCGACCUCAUCACCCGCGCUAUAGAGAGCUCCCCGGACAAGCGCCUCACCCUCUCCCAGAUCUACGACUGGAUGGUGCGCAGCGUGCCUUACUUCAAGGAUAAAGGCGACAGCAACAGCUCCGCAGGCUGGAAGAACUCAAUUCGGCACAACCUGUCCCUGCACAAUCGGUUCAUCAGGGUCCAGAACGAGGGGACCGGGAAAAGCUCCUGGUGGAUGAUCGACCCGGACGGUGGCAAGGGCGGGAAGGCCCCCAGGCGCCGGGCUGUCUCGAUGGACAACAGCAACAAGUACAGCAAGAGCCGCGGGCGAGCGGCCAAGAAGAAGGCCACCCUGCAGGCCGCCCAGGAGGGGGCGGAAGACAGCCCGGGGUCGCAGCUGGCCAAGUGGCCAGGCAGCCCCACCUCCCGCAGCAGCGACGAGCUGGAUGCGUGGACAGACUUCCGCUCGCGGACCAACUCCAACGCCAGCACGGUGAGCGGGCGCCUGUCGCCCAUCCUGGCGAGCGCGGAGCUGGACGAGGCCCAGGAUGACGCCGGCCCUCCCUCACCCAUGCUGUACGGCAGCCCCCCAACCAUGUCCCCGGCCGGGGGUGCCCCGUGCAUGGUGGAGCUGCCCCGGCUGACUGACAUGGCGGGGACCAUGAACCUGAAUGACGGGCUGGCGGCGGACGACCUCAUGGACGACCUCCUGGACGACAUCUCCCUGCCCUCCACCCAGCCAUCCCCCUCGGCGGGGCUCCUGCAGCGGAGCGCCACCUUCCCCUAUGGCCCCAAGGGCUCGGGGCUUGGCUCCCCGCCGGGUGGCUUCGGCCCUGCGGCCUUCGGUCCCUCCCCGCUCAACUCCCUCCGCCAGUCCCCCAUGCAGACCAUCCAGGAGAACAAGCCGGCCACCUUCUCGUCCCUGUCUCAUUACGGCACCCAGACGCUGCAGGACCUGCUGGCGUCCGACUCGCUGAGCCACAGCGACGUCAUGAUGACACAGUCGGACCCGUUGAUGUCACAAGCCAGCACGGCCGUGUCCGCCCAGAACCCCCGCCGGAGCGUCAUGCUCCGGAGCGACCCGAUGAUGUCCUUCGCCGCCCCGCCCGGCCAGGGCGGCCUGGUCCACCAGAACCUGCUCCACCACCAGCACCCGGCCCAGGGCUCCCUGGGCGGUGGCCGGGCACUGGCCAGUGGCGCCGGCGGCCUGGGGUCGGGCAAGCACCAGCAGCAGCAGCAGCAGACGCAGCCGCCGCAACAGCAGCAGCAGCCGCCGCAGCCGCCGCAGUCCCCCGUCAGCCAAUCUAUGCAAACCCUUUCCGACUCCCUCUCAGGCUCCUCUUUGUAUUCUUCUAGCGUGUCCCUCCCCGUCCUGGGCCACGAGAAAUUCCCCAGCGAUUUGGACCUGGAUAUUUUCAAUGGGAGCUUGGAGUGUGACAUGGAGUCCAUCAUCCGCAGCGAACUCAUGGAUGCAGACGGCUUGGAUUUUAACUUUGACUCCCUCAUCUCCGCUCAGAACGUUGUCAGUCUGAAUGUGGGAAACUUCACUGGUGCUGCGCAGGCCUCCUCCCAGAGCUGGGUGCCGGGCUGAAGGCUCUUGGAGGAAAGGGAGAAUGGGCGAGCAGACCCCGAAACUGACAAGAGAAAACCCUUUGCCAAAUCUGCUUUCAGCGAGUGGACAGUGCGACUGUUUACAGCUUAACGACCUUUGUGAAUCCCGCAUCGUUUCCCUAACAAGCAGAGACUGGUCAUGGCCUCCCCUCCCCAGCCAAACAGUGAUACAACUGUGCCCCUUGGACCUGGACUCUGAAGUAUGCAACAUCUCCUGCGGGAAGGCCUUGUGCCCUCUCCCCCCCGACAUCUGCCCGCCCACCCGCCCGCCUGCCCUCCCCAGGGCAGGGCAUGAAGACAGCACUCAAUGCCAUCCUUUCGAGAACACACUGUGUAGCCUCUAACUGUAGUUGUUUGUUGAAGAGUAUGUGGUGUUUUAAUAUAUCAGUGGUUUAUGGGAUGUUUUAAGUUUUUUGGUUUUGAUUUUCUGGGUUUCUCUCACUCACCCAUGUGCAGUAUUUUUCUGUUUGAUAUUUUCACUCUCCUGUCCCCGGAGGGGAGUUUCUGCCAGUUGCCAUUCCCACUACCGACGUCACAAGCAUUGGAGCCUGCCAUACUCCGAGGACUAACCAAGGGCAUAGACGAAGGAGAAUUGUAUGUCUAGUUUCAUUUCUUUCUUUUAGAAAAUUCCUUUUCUGAAGCUUGAACAGUGGCACAGAUGUUUUCGGUAAGCACCGGUUCACGACUGGACACAUCAUUACUCACAGGAGAAACAGAUGAAGCUGCCGCCGUCCAAGUAUGCUGAUUCGCUGGUUCUGUGGGAGGGCCUGCUCUUUGGAGGAAGGUCUACCUGCCCGGAGACUGGCCGACGCUCAGGUCGGCCCGGCCGGCCGACGCUCAGGUCGGUCCGUGCGGGGGUUCGGCCGGCCGAUGCUCAGGUCGGCCCGGCCGGGGCCUCUGGUCGGUAUCCCUAGUCGGUGUGGUGAACAGUGCUGGUCUGUUCAGUGGAAACGAGGAGACUACCUCGUUUCAAGGAGAGAUGCAAGCCAAACUGUCCACUCCUAGCCAGGAGUCCAGAGGAGUUGUGUUCUGAAGGAGGAAGAAGGUUCAUCUCUGUGCAUGAUGUAGAUGAGCUGAAAGCACAACUAGCAAUCAAACAAUCAGGGAAGGUAGGAGGGCAAACCCCAGUCACUGCAGAGGCGGUCCUUCCUUCUGAGUUUUCUCAACAGCUUCCAGUGGUUCUUGUCCCAAUUCAUGGCAGUAAUCUAGCCUCCCAGCGGGAGUGAACAAGGGCAUAUGCAGAACCAAGUGACCUGGGGAUAAGCUUGGAUCUUAACUGGAAGAACGACACCGUGGAAGUGCAAGGUGCAGUAGUUUAGGGUUUUCCAUUUUGUUUUGCCUGACUUUAAGGAUUUUAUUUGGUUCUAUAAAAAAAAAAUGAUGGUGCUGAUUCGGUGCUUUUCUGUACCACCUGGAAUGUGUGACUAUUCCACUAGAUUUGCCACGGCGGGGAGGUGAAAGGAAACCACAAUGGUACAUGAGAGUUUGGAAUGACGCGCGCAGAGUUUGCACACUUCUCCAGAGCUAUGGGAAGCCCUUUUUUCUUUGCAUAAAACAUUCUGCAUAUAAAUAUAUAAAUAGCUUUGAUGAUGUACAGCUCAGAACGGAUCAUUAUGCAUGGACUCUAGGAAUACAGACUCCCAUCAACUCCAAGCGUCAUUGUUGGGGGGAUGCCCUCCUCACUGAUGCUCUGCUCACCCUAUGUGGGGGGAGGGGAAGAGGCAUUGGGGGAGGGGAAGGGUGGGUGUGUUUGUGUGUGUGUGUGUGUGUAUGUGUGUGUGUGUUUGUGGGAGAUUCCUUCUCCCCUCCCCACCAGCGGAAAUACACUCUCGCCCUGCACCUGCCAUCAGUGGUCAGGACGUGGCAUUUCCGGCUUGCCAGCCCCCCAGGGCCCCACAGAUUGGGAGAGUGGGCCCGGGGUAGGAGAAAUUCUAUCUGUGAUGUUAGCAGCUACCCGAUCUCAGUGAUGGCCCAGUUCACUGCAUUGUGCGUUUUCCUGAAUCUGCAAACUUGUGCAGUUGUGGUCAUGUAGCAUUGUAGCAUGUCAACUCCCUGAACAGCUAAGAGUUUCUCACUUUCACUGAAAGGAUGAGGUGUGUGUGUGUGUAUGUGUGCGUGUGUGUGUAAAUCAUUUUUAAAGUAUUCAAAUGGCAUCUCAAUGGCAGCGAUCUGCUUUGUGUACCUUAUUUUGUCAUGAUCCUGGCCCAGAGAGUAGGUGCUAGUCCAAAUCCAAUUUCUUGCUAGCCACCUGGGUAAAUAUAAUCACUGCAAGAUCUGGUAUCAGUAGAAGAGAACUUCCCUCAGCUUCCUUCUUCCCUUACUUUUCCUGUUCUGGCCCCCUCCCUUUAUCCCCUUCCUCCUCCUUCCUCUGGCCUUCCUCCUCCUCCCUCUGGCCCUCUCCUCCCCCAGAGCCCUUGCCUAGAUGAAAGAAGCUAACGCUGAGCCUCGGGGCCUAGAGGGAACACAUGUGGCGGAGGCGGCCUGGGUGGUGGCAGGGAAGGUUAGAGCAGAAAAAGUGGGGCGCCUUGGAGUGGGAGGAGACAGCCAGGUGGGGGAAGGGGUGGAGGUGGCCGUCUCCAGAGGAGGACCAGUGGCCAAUGGAAAGGCUCACAUUUCAAAUUCCCUCUCCUGAAUCAAAGAUACAAAGUUGCACUUUUUUCACCUGUGCGGCUGGGCCAGAAACUGCCCCUGGAUGAAGGAAACCUCUCCUGAGAGAGGGGCUUCAGGCUUGAAAGGGGAAAAGGCGGCCCUGGGAAUCCCACUGAACAGAACCUUCCCCAUCCAUUAUGCUCCUUGUGCCCUGAGCCCAGGCUAGCAUGGAUGCUCCAAUCAGUUAGUCAAUCAUUGGUACUUACUGAGGGCUUAAUGUGCGGAUAAAACUAUAUUAAGCACUCGAAAGAACAAUAGAAUAAGUAGACCCACCCCUGCCUUCCAGGAGCUUUCAAUCUCCAGGGCUGAGGGAGGACAUGGAGCCUGGGCUGCAGUGUAGGAGAGGAGAGAACACUCAGUAACACCACCUGAAGCAAGGUCUUCAGAACGGGCAUAGAACAGGCUUCCCGGGGCCUUGGUGACCCCCUGGGCCAGAGAUUUGGGGCUGGGGUCCGAAUCCUUCGGGAGUCAUCAGUGCCUCCUGGAUCCUUGGUGCCCACCGCAGGCUCCGGGCCAUGCUAGUGAGGGUGACAGAGGGAGGAGAGGCACCUGAGGAGGCUGCACGGGCCCCAGGUGGGGGGAAUCCUGUGCCUUUCAUCGGUCACUCAGGUGGACAGACCCCCACCACCAGAGAGGGUCCCAGUCACCUUUCUUCAGGCUUGGAAGUAGAGUGCAGCCGGGAUGAGUCUCAUGUGGCUGUUAAGGCUGGUGUCCAGAGCCCAGUGCUUCAGUCGAGCUGGCCUAACCUGUAAUUUUUGAAUUCCAAUCACAACCACCCAAAGCAGAUUUGGGGUCUUCCUCACCACUUCGUUCCCUCCCUUCCUCCUCCUUAUCCUCCAUCUUCUCUCCCUACCUUCCUCUUUCCUUCCCUCUAUUCUCCCCUCCUUUCCAAUCUUCCUCACCCCUACCCCCACCCCGCCCCCACCAGAGGCUGGUGUGUAACAGGGGAAUUAGGUGAUUGAUUGCACUCUUUGGGAAACAGCUCCCCCCAGCUACUUGACUCCAGAUGCAGACACCUACCUUUUACCAAAGUUAGACAAGAGCUUUAAUGUGAGUGUUUUGCUGUCCCUAGCAUGGCGCCGAGGCUCCGUAGCUGGGCGGGUUCCAUCCUCAGCUGGACGUGGUUCUGAUGCCACGUCCCUUUUCCUUGCCGAAUACCCUUUUUUCCACUUUGAAAGUCUCUUCCUCCUACUAAUGGGGAAAAUAAUGCCCACAUACAGUACAGAGCUGGCUUUGUGCUUGUUGGGGGGCGGUUAAAAGCAGAGAGAGAGAGAGAGAGAGAGAGAGAGAGAGAGAGAGUGUGUGUGUGUGUGUGUGUGUGUGUGUGUGUGUGUGUGUGUGUGUGUAUCAGCUGUCCCUCUCUGCCCUCAGGGAGAGGAUUGGUCCUGGCUUGUUCCUAGAAGCUGAUAGUCCCACUCAUGGGGGAUGGGUGGAGGGAGUGAUUUCAUAUUGAUCAUGAGUAGGAACACAUCUACCCUCUACCGAGCGUGAUCUUAAUCACAGGGGUUGCUUGGAGCUAAGAUCCUAUGGUAAUAGAAUAACCAAGCCACUGCUAUAGGCAGGAACUUCUUGGGCAUGUGAAGAGGGAGACAACAGAAUGUGACAUGAUCUCUCCUACCCAAAAGCCUUUCUUUUUCAUCACAAUUCUAAAUUGUAAUUUCUCUGAGGAUAGCUGUGGAACACUAUAUGCCUGAACAGGAGUGUUUACAAACAACAAAGGAAUUGAUUCUCAGAAACAACCAAUGGCAGGGAGGUCCUAAACAACGUCUCCAGAACUGAAAAACUGAGCAGAGAUGAAGAGUUUCUGAAAUCAAGUCAUCCAGUGAAAUUGAAGUGCAGGCACACAGGAAAGAGUGUAGUGUUCUAUUUCAAAAAAACAAAAUUUAAACUUAUAAAAAUGGAUAACAUGUAUGCUGUUUGAAUGAUUGUAUAUUUUUCCUCUUAUUUAAUUUUGUGGUUUAUUUGCUUUUAUGAACGAUUGGUUUUUAGGCCCUUGCCUAACUCCAGAAAUAUUUGUACCACUGCUUUAAAAAGCUGUAUGUUAGGACAUUUAUUUCUCUAAAAUGAUGUCAUUGCUUGGCAGUCAGUCUCCUCAUAAUCAUCUUAGUACAUUAUGUACAUUGGAAAUGUUAACAGAUGUGAAGGAGGACCAGAUAAAUUAGUUAAUAUUAAAAAAAUGUAUUGUGCAUUUUGGCUUCACAUGUUAAACUUUUUUUAAAAAAAGUUGCAUGAAUGGAAAAGCUAUGUAUACAGUAUCUGUAAAACUGUCUUAUCUCUUUCAGUUUCUUGCUAACAACUCCUAAAAAUUUAAAGGAUCUGAAAUCCUCAGCCUUGGUUUUUGGCAGCCAUUCUUGCCCUCCCAAGAGCUGAGCAGUUUCUGCCUUGCCUUGGUGCUGUCUGGCCCUUUCUCCGGAGGCUGGCCGCUGGGGAGGUUGGGGGGUUGGGAGGCCUCGGGUGACCGCUUGGCCUCCAAGGAAAUCUGACCAGCAGCUGUGAGAGGACACGGAGACCCGAUCACAGGCCCGGCCAGGCCGCCGCUCAGGGUGACCUUGGGCCAGUCUGAGCGCCCAGGUUGGCCCACUUUUGGGGGAAGUUUAUAAACCCUCUUUCCGUCGAGCUGUCAUUGUCAUCUUAUAGCAUUCUUCCUCAGGCUCUUGCCCCACCAGUCGCUGCCAUGGAUCCAUAUAUGACCUUUCUUCACAGGGUUGGAAACCAGUUUGAUUUUUGGGACUCGUCCCUCUCCAGAUGAAGUAGAGUCACAGGGCUGACUGCCCUCGUGUUUGUAGAUACUGCCCCCUUCCCCUACCCCCACCCCCACCCCGUGUAUUCCAUUUUCAAUUGUAAUCUAGUUUGUAAACGAGAUGGUGACGCAUGUAAAUAAAGCAUAAUGGAUCUCUA